GCUGCUUAGGCAGUCAUACGAUCCGCCGCGGCCUUACGCUGAGUCUGGCGGGCUUGUGACGCGAGGUGCGCGAGAGUUGAUCUGCUUAAGGGCGCCUGUGCUUUGCACUUGUGUCUACUCUUUAAGCGGGGGCUGGCGUAGCUUUCCCCGAAUGCAUUUACGCUUUUGAGCAUGCGUGUGCCCUGCAGACCGAAGAUGUUUCCUGCGAACGGGGGCGCCUGGAAUGGCACCCUUCAGGGCGCCGCGCGGGGACCGGCAUCGCUUCAACGCCCGCAGCAGCACCCGCAGCAGCAGUGGUUUGAGCCCUGGCAACAUCACGAGCAGCACAUGGGCUCCAGUCAGGCCCGCGGCAGCCAGUCGCGCGGCAACGAGGGCGCAACGGCGAUGUGGGUCGGGCCCGGCGUCACCGAAGGCAGUUUCGCCGGGCGUAUGGGCGACCCAGCGGCAGGAUAUGACGCCAUGAGCUACGCUGGCCCCUUGCACGCGCGAGGUGGCGGCCCGGCGUUCAACCCACAUCGCCAAGCCUGCUCCUUCGGCACCGGUGAUCGCAGCGGUGCUGGUGGCAGCUACGCAUUCGGCUACCAGGGUGAUGCUGCCGGCGGCGGAGGGGUGUACAGCGGUGCGCACGGGGGAGCAGGCGCCAUGGACCGACGGAGCAGCCAGGGCCCCACGCAUGGCGGCUUCAGUCAGGCACAGGGCUUUGCGCCGCACCAGCACGCGCCUGGCACUCAGCUGGGUUCGCAAGCCCACGUGAACUCAGCAGCAGGGUCACAGCCUCAGGAACAUCUGCAGCAGCAGCCUGCAUUACGUCCGCCACUUACCUAUCGACAAGAGGACCGGUCACAGCAGACCCCGCUACAGCAUCAGCUCCACUGCCACCCUGCCGCUGACAUGGGGGCCGGCGCAGCGGAUGGAUGGAGAGAUGGUGGCGGCCUGGCGCACUCUCAGGCUCAGCCUAAGCGGCUCUUGGGACUGCACGGUUCCCAGUCCAGCGGUGGCCAGCGCAGCUAUGAUGACGGGGCUUUCUCGCAACCUCACAUGAUGCCGCAACAACACGCGCGGCAUCAAGCGUUCAGCCAGGUUGGGACGCAGCAUUCGGACCUACUGCACCAGUCACAGGCGGCGCCUUACAUGCAGCAACAGCCGCCUUACCAGCAACAGCAGCAGGUCCAGCGGCCGCCACCGCAGCCGCAACAGCAGCUACGCCAGACGUCGCUCAGCCAGUUCAUGCAGCCGCAUGGACCCACGCACUCCGCAGGCGCGGGCCCAAGUGGCGGUUUUGGCACCACCUCUGCGCUGGGCGAGGGAGGCGGCCCGAGCGCAGCACGGCUACGGGUUCCGCUCGCUGCGCCCGAGCCAGAAAACACGGACCGGCUGGUGCCGGUGCGCGACCUCCCACCCGCACUGCAGCCGUUGUUUCCCAGCUUCAGGUACUUCAACUCGGUGCAGUCGGAGUGCUUCCCACAGGCCUACGGCUCGGACGUCAACAUGGUGGUAUCCGCGCCUACCGGUAGCGGCAAGACGGGUGUGAUGGAGUUGGCGCUGCUGCGGCUGCUGAGCGGCUUCCUGGAACCGGGCGGUGAGCGGCUGAGGCCCCUGCGCGGCACCGCCAAGGCCGUGUACGUGGCGCCGCUGAGGGCCCUAGUGCAGGAGAAGUGCAAGGACUGGCAGGCCAGGUUUGGAACUCUGCUGGGUUUGUCUGUUCUGGAGCUGAGCGGUGACGCGGAGCCGGAGGCCUCUGCGCUGGAGGCGGCGGAUCUGCUGUGCACCACCCCCGAGAAGCUGGACGCGCUCAGCCGCAAGCUCAGCGAGCAGCACCGCAGCGCGGCCUUCCUGUCCGACAUCUCGCUGGUGCUGAUUGAUGAGGUGCACCUGCUCAACGAGGCAGAGCGGGGCAGUGCGCUUGAGGCGGGCGUGGUUAGCCGCUUCGCCAUGCUUGCCACCUUCCCGCAGCUGCAGCAGCACGCCGUGUCGCGGCUGCGCUUUGUGGCCGUGUCAGCCACCAUCCCAAACGUACGUGACAUCGCCACGUGGCUGCGCGUGCCGCCCGCCGGGCUAAAGGUGUACGGCGAGGAGAUGCGGCCCGUGAAGCUGCGCACGGUGGUGCUGGCCUACGCGCCCAGCAAGAACGACUUCCUUUUUGAGCGGCGGCUCGACACCUACCUGGCGGGCGUGGUGGCGGAGCACAGCCGCGGGAAGCCCACACUGGUGUUCUGCAGCUCCCGCAAGGGCACCAUCGAGUCCGCCAUGCACCUCGCCAAGGGGGCUGGGCCAGGUGGCCGCGCAGCGUACGUGCGGGACGCGGCGCACGCGGCGCGGCUGGCGGCAGCGGCGCGCCAGGUGGCGGCGAACAAGCAGCUCCAGACCUGCCUGGUGGCGGGUGUGGGCUUCCACAACGCCGCCAUGGAGGGCGAUCAGCGGGAGCUGGUGGAGGGGCUAUUCCUGGCGGGCGACCUGCCGGUGCUGUGCUCCACCUCCACCCUGGCGCUGGGCGUCAACCUGCCCGCGCACCUGGUCAUCAUCAGGGGCACACGCAGGUACUGCGGCGCGGAUGGCGGUGGCGGGGGGCAGGGCGAUGAGGCGGCGGGCAGCAUAGGCGGCUACAAGGAGUAUGACAGGAGCGUGUGCCUGCAGAUGGUGGGCCGCGCCGGCCGACCCCAGUUCGACACGGAGGGAGUGGCCGUCAUCAUGACACAGAAGGAGACGAGAGACCGCUACACCAACCUGCUGUCCGGCAGUGAGGCGGUGGAGUCCUGCCUGCACCAGUGCUUCGCUGAGCACCUGAAUGCGGAGGUCGUGCUGGGCACGGUGCGCGACAUGGCCACCGCCACGCAGUGGCUGCGGACCACCUUCCUACACGUUCGGGUGCGACAGGCGCCGCGCGCAUACGGUCUGGAGCCGCCGCCAGGUGCGCUUUCCAGCGACGCGGCCUUUGACGCCUGGCUGGCGGGGCGGCUGGUGGGCGGCGCCGUCACACGGCUGGCGGCCAUUGGGCUGGUGUCUCAGGACCCCGGCACUGGAGUGCUGGCCGCGCUGGAGCCGGGCCGCAUCAUGGCGCACGCCUACCUGCGCCUGGGCACCAUGAGCGCCAUCACUCAAGUGGGCUCGCACGCUGGCAUGAUGGCGCUGCUGCGGGUCAUAGCCGUGGCGGAGGAGUUUGCGCACAUCCGCCUGCGCAGGGGAGAGAAGAAGGUGCUGAAUGACAUCAACAAGCGGGUGGCUGGUGACGCCCCAAUCAAGUUCCCGGUGCCUGCUGACGCCCCUGCGGCCGGUGCCGGCGGCGUGGCUGCGCGGCCGGGACCACCCAAGCCCAAGGACCGCAUCAGCAAGGCCACCGAGAAGAUCUUCAUCAUGGUGAACGAGGCGCUGAGUGACGCGGUGACAGACACGCUGGACUACAGCAUGCGGCAGGAGCUGGAGGGAGUGCUGCGGGUGGGGCAGCGCAUCGCGGCCGCCAUGGUCAGGUACUUCACGCACCGGCAGUCGUUGGCGGCCACCGCGAACGCGCUGUGCCUGGCCAAGAGCCUCAAGCAGCGCAUGUGGGACGACUCAAAGCAGGUGGCACGCCAGCUGCCCGACAUCGGGCGGCUGCUGGCGCACCGACUGGCGGGCGCAGGGGUGGUGGGGCUGCGGCAGCUGGCUGGCGUGGACCCCCGCCGCAUCGAGGCCGCCACGCAGAAGGCGUACCCUUUCGGCAACAAUGUGCGGGUGCACCUGGCCAAGCUACUGCCGCCUGAGGUGGCGAUAACACUGCAGGCAGUGCCACCGGGGCCGCACCAGAAGGCUGGCGGCAGCAGUAGACAGGGCGUCCAGAUCGAAGUGACGUUAGCCAGGCCCCAGCCCGCGGCUGGGCCCGCCGGCGCUGCCGCCCCUGUCGCGCCCGCCACGAGGACGUCCGCGGUGCUGCUGGUGGGCAGCAGCAGCGACGACAGACUGCUGCGGCAUGAGCGGCUGACCAUCGAGACCUUCACGUCACCGUACACGUUCCAAGUGACGGUCAACCCCAGCAGUGGCAGGGCCCAGCACCAACACGCGCCGCUGCAGGUGCUGGCGGUGCUGGUGGUGGAGCGGCUGUGCGGCCUGGACGUGCACACCAGCUUGAAGUUGGCACCGGACGCAUCCGGCGCGUCCAAGGUGCUGGGCUCGGCCGCUGCGGCGGCGGGGCUGCCCAUGGGCGGCGGCGAGGCCGAAGCCGCAGACGGGGGGAUGCAGGCGGCUGGUGCGUACGGCGGCGGCGGCGGCGGUGGGGCCUAUGGUGGUGAUGCAGCACUGCAACCCUCACCGCUACCACACGGACUGGGAGUCGAUGGCUGCAACAGUGCGGAGGGCCCCGGUGAGGACGGCGUACAAGCCAUGCCUGCCUCCUCCCAGCAGCGCGCGCCAAGGGCUGGCGGUGGCAGAGCUGCAGAGCAGCCCGGCGGACAAGGGCGCGGCGGUCAUGCUUCCGCAGCUGGGCCACCGGCAGCGAGGCCACAGGUGCUAGUGCAGGCGCCAGCUCUGGCCGCGCCGGCCUUCGCUCAGCUAGCAGACCCCACAGCCGCCGCCACGAUGCCGCUGCCACAGCUGCAGUCCACUCGUACGCCGCCAGUGGCGUCGCCUGCUCCACAGUCGCUGCAAGACCGCGCCGCUGCCGCCGGGGGCACCGAUGCCGUGGCUGGUGCUGGUCGCGGGCGAGGCUCCGCAUCUGCCGCCAGGACAGCUGGCGGACAGACCUUUGGUCUGCGCGGUGGCGCUGGCGGCUCGCUGCCGGGCGGCGGUGGCCUAGCCAUGUCGGGCUCCGCCCUGGCGGGCGCGAAGCAGGUCCCCGCCUUCGCGCGCCUGCUGGCGCUGGCGAAGAGCCGCUCAAGCUCAGUCGGGGCGGCACUGGCGGGUGCUGGAGCAGGCGGCGAGGGUGACCAGGACGACGAGGACGAGGACGAGGAAGACAACGACGAGGAGGGGCAUGACGACCGGCCUGCCGGUCAGGCUGGCGGCUGCGCAUGGGAUACGCCGGGUGCCAUGCACGGCGGGGUGGGUGAGCCAGCACUGCUGGUCCAGCAACCGCAGGACCAGUGCCUGGACCUUUUUGACUUCUUGUCAGACCCUCCCGAAGAGCAGCAUGCGUCCGCAGCGGCAGCGGUCACGCCGCCGCCCAGCUGUUCCUUUGCUGCCGGCUUCGCGGCAGCCUCCGCGCAAGCUGCAGCCUCCCGCCCGCAACCAUCAGCAUUUCCGCUGGCUGCGCCGCAGAUGCCGCCCUCAGCCAUGCGGGGUGCCGGCUUGCUACUGCCUGCGCGGGGCGGUCUAUCGUCGCGGCCCGUGUCCGCCUCGUCGGGCGCCGCAGCGGCACACACAGGAUCUGCGGUCUCACCCGCACCGACGCCGGCUUCGUGUGCCGGUGCAGCGCGUCCGCUGGGAGCGUCAGCAGCUGCGUCGGACAUGCUCCUCAGCGACCGCAAGCGCGUCAUGCUGGGCGGGACACGUGACCGCACGACUCUGGACGGGCUGAUGUUGAUGCAGCAGCGGCAGCGCAAGGCCGCAGCUAUGGCCGCGGGCGCGCCGAGUGCAUCUGCUGUGCCAGGCUCUGGCGGCGCUGGCAGCGCUGCAUCGUUGGCGUCUAGUCGGCAGGUGCAAUCAGCGGCGUCGCCUAGGCCCCCGCCACACCGCACCGCGCCCAUACCCCAGACCGUACAUGCAGUUGGGCAGUCACAGCAGUCGCACGUCCUGCAAAACCAGCAGGCUAUGCGGCAGGGCUCAUGGGACGCUGCUGGUAUGGGCGAUGAGGAGAGGGCGUUAGGCCCUAGUGCUGCAGCAGCCGCUGGCAGUGGAGCAGGCGCUGGCGCUGGUGCAGGCGCCUGCUGGGACCAGUUUGUCGACCAGCACGAUGCGAGGUCCGACGUGACACAGCAGCGGCGUCAGCAGGACAGCGGCUGGGGGCAGCCCAAACUGCCACGGCGCUCGUAUGGCAAGAUUGCGGUCGCCGGUGGAGGAGGCCUAGUGGGCUCAGCAGGCAACAACGGCGCAACCAGCUAUGGCUACGGAGCGGCUGCAGAUUACGGAAUCGCACCGAGCCAUUCAUUCAGCCUAGACAAGGCUCUUGGGGGGCCACCGGCUGCUGCCAGCACCGGCGGCGCAACCAGCGUGACCGGAGUCGCGCCUGCAUCCGCGCGGCCAACGGCCCAGCGCGCCUGCGCUCGUGACAUAGUUGGGCCAGUGCCGCUGGCGUCUGAGACGGUGGCAGCGCCUACACCUGUGCGACCUGAAUCCAUGGCUCCACCUCAGCCGCACGCGCACGUGCCUGACUUGAAACCGCUGGUGGCUCUGACCCAGGGUCUUCGCAAGCGGCAGCGGCAGGCAGACACAACAACUCCUGUCGGCGUUGGCGGCACAGUUACCGUGACCAUGGUGGCCGCAGUUCACGCGCUUGGUACCACCGCGAGCGGCCACGAUGAUGAUGUCGACCCCACCCAGGACUGGUUCAGCCAGCUGCAGUUUUAGUGUGAGAUGCAAGAUGUGCCAGUGGACGGUGGUAGACCAGGCUGCACUGUCUGUGCAUCUAGGCAAGUUGGCAGGCUAGCGCUGGCGAACGUGGCUGAUGAAACACCGCAGUAUGUCGUGCGCCGUUGCCGGCGUGUGUCAUUCACCGGCAACCAGUGCCUGAGUAUGAGUCAUGAGGCGGGUAACAGCGUGUGAACUUAGGAGCGGGAAGUUACCCCAGCGGUUGAGAACUGACGAGCUGUGGGUGGGUUGUGCGAACUACGUCCCGGUGUGUGGCUAGAGGUUUGGCGUCUGUGGUUUAAUUGUAGCCGUGUGACGGUGGUGUCUCUCUGGCUCUGGCGUCACCUUCGCCUGCACUGCGCAGGGCGAAGGCUCGUGGGCUCGUGUUGGAGGCGUUGGGCAGCUGGUCAUGCGGGCGCUGAGCUGAGGAGGAGCUGCGUUGGGGGUCUGUUUGCCGUGGUGCUUUAUAAGUGUGUGCUCAGGGGAGCUUGGGGUCCAGGCUUCGUAGACGGGCGGUUGGCUUGCCCUGCUGGGUGGUGAGCGUUGGGUGUCGGGCAGGGGGCCGCCCAUGCAGGAGGCGGUGGCUCCCUAGUCCCGCAACACCGGCCCUGGCCCGGUGUUGCGGUGUUGCUCUCUCUCACACGACCUAUCGUGCGUAGCUUUGUGAAAGCAUCGGAGUGAUCA